UCUCGCGAUGGAUUGGCAGUGGCGCUUCCUGAUGGUUGCAUUUUUGGUGUCGCUCAGCCACGGAGAACCUUUAGGCGAUUCAUCGUUUAGCUGCAAUAACACGGUCCAAGGUCCUCAUCUUCUCGCUGACAGCCAAGGAUAUGUUUGUAGCGUUAGAAACAUUGAUUUUGGGAGAGGAUGCUGUCCAGAAGAGGGGCAACAAUUCUCUUGCUCAGGCUGUAACUUAGUUUCUCAGUGCUGUAACACUUUCGAGUACUGCGUUUCUUGCUGCUUGGAUCCCAUUCAUACGUCCAAGGAGUUUGCGCUGAGCUCCAAAUCCGCGAGGCAACUUACUGCUGCAAAUUUUGUAUCAGUUUUUGAGUACUGUACUGGAAGAUGUCGCCACAAUUCUGGAAGUGUGGUGCAUGAGAAUGCGUACACUAGUGAGUAUCAUCACUGCUUUUUUACUCAAACGAACUUAUCAUCUGGACGCGAUCACGGAGUUGAAGCAGGCGAGAACACAGAUUAUUCACUGAUAACUGGCAGACGUGGUCAGUCUUGCGAUGAAGCAUGUCGUCAGAGAGGCAAGAAAUGCAAGGCCUCUAUCCUUCCUUUGAUCAACGAGUGCUCUGUGCUCCAGAAGAGCAUGAAUUGCAAGGGCGCUUGCAUCUCCGGAUCGGGACCAGACCUGCCAUCGGAAGUUGUGAGCUCGGCUCCAAGACACCUCGUAAGAUCUUUCCAAAAACAUCUUUUUUGUUUGCUCGUUUUUUUUUUUCUUCGUUUUCAAAAAUUUUCUUUACAGCAUCCAGGAGCAUGCGUAUUCAAUUCCAAGAACACAUUGCUUUCAUGCCAGGGUGCUCAUCGUUACACAAAGAGGUUAUGCCCGUGUGGAUAGAUAAAGGGACGGGAAUGGUCCCAGAGCGUUCUCUUGGUCGGGUUGAGGUGCUACUUGUGAUGGAGUUGUAGAGAGCAAAGCCGCGCCAGUCGGAGACGCUAUAGAAACUAGGCAAAGCAGUCUCGCCACAAGGUAUCUGUUAAGUUCCAGAGGUUGCAGCAGAAAAACAAGCCUCUCCGUCGAGAGCUCCCUUCACUUGGACUCCUGCUAGUGUGGAAUUCAGCGCGGUGCUCCAUGGCAUAGCAGCAUGAAGAGUCCAAGGCAUCGUCUCCAUAGCUCCACCAGAAGGCAACUCGCGCUCUUGAGUUCAGGGUCUGAGCGAAGGACUACCAUGUGGAUAUUGAAGCUCGCUCUAGAGGUACUUUCAUUUCUUACAUGGAGUGGCUCAUUUUGAGCGGUGAGAGCAAAUCACAACAACAAAAAUCUUCUUAUUUUACAGGAGAAACGAAAUGAAAAGCUUUCUCCAUUGCUUUUUUUCUGUAAAACAAUGAGCCAGCACUCCGUUCCUUGAUGAAACUUACGUGAUGUUCU